AUGCAGACCUGGCUAAAAAUUAUAUUUGGUGUGAUCACCUGUGUUCUACUUGCCUUAUUAGUAGUGUGCAUUGUUUUACGUCCAUUAAGAGCUCAAAACUCAGAAGGAAAUACAAGAGCACUCACAUUAAAGGACAUUUUGAAUGGAACUUUUUAUUACAAAACAUUUUUUCCAGGUUGGAUUUCAGGACAUGAAUAUCUCCAUCAAUCUUUGGAUGAUAAUGUCAUACUUUACAAUGUUGAAACAGGAGAAGCAUCCAUUCUCUUGAGUAACAUCACCAUGAAACACGUGAAUGCAUCAAGUUAUGCCUUAUCACCAGAUCGGCAAUUUGUAUUUCUAGAAAGUGAUUAUUCAAAGCUUUGGAGAUACUCUUACACAGCAACAUAUCACAUUUAUGACCUUGGAAAUAGAGACUUUGUAAGAGAAAACGAGCUUCCUCGUCGAAUUCAGUAUAUAUGCUGGUCACCUGUGGAAAACAAAAUGGCCUAUGUUUAUCAAAAUAACAUAUAUCUGAAAGAAAGACCAGGAGAUCCACCUAUCCAGAUAACAAAUACUGGAAUAGAAAAUCAAAUAUUUAAUGGAAUUCCUGACUGGGUCUAUGAAGAGGAAAUGCUGGCAACAAAAUAUGCUCUGUGGUGGUCUCCCAAUGGAAAAUUUUUAGCUUAUGCAGAAUUUAAUGAUACAGAUAUACCAGUUAUUGCCUAUUCCUACUACGGAGAUGAGCAGUACCCUAGAACAAUCAAUAUUCCCUACCCAAAGGCCGGGGCUAAAAAUCCUACUGUUAAGGUGUUUAUUAUAGAUACUACACAUUCUGAAUAUGCAGUUCCUAGAGAAGUGCCAGUUCCUGCAAUGAUAGCAUCAAGUGACUAUUACUUUAGUUGGCUCACCUGGAUAACUGAUGAACGAAUAUGUUUACAGUGGCUGAAAAGAAUCCAGAAUGUCUCUGUGUUAUCCAUCUGUGACUUCAAAGAAAACUCUCAGACAUGGGAUUGCCCAAAGACCCAGGAACACAUAGAAGAAAGCCGAACAGGAUGGGCCGGUGGAUUUUUCGUUUCAGCACCAGUUUUCACGUUUGACACAACUUCGUACUACAAAAUAUUUAGUGAUAAGGACGGUUACAAGCAUAUUCAUUAUAUCAAUGACACAGUGGAAAAUGCAAUACAAAUUACAAGUGGGCAGUGGGAGGCCAUAAGCAUAUUCAAAGUAACUCAAGAUUCACUGUUUUAUUCUAGCAAUGAAUUUGAAGACUUCCCUGGGAGAAGGAAUAUUUACAAAAUUAGUAUUGGAGGAAAUCCUGCAAAGAAGAAAUGCAUCAGUUGUCAUCUGAGGAAGGAAAGAUGCCAAUAUUACACAGCAAGUUUCAGCAACUCUGCUCAGUAUUAUGCACUAAUCUGUUAUGGCCCGGGAAUUCCUAUUUCGACUCUUCAUGAUGGCCAUAAUGACCAAGAAAUUAAAAUUCUGGAAGAAAACAAAGAAUUAGAAGUGGCUUUGGAAAACAUUCAACUGCCUAAAGAGGAAAUUGAUAGAUUUGAAGUGGAUGGAAUUACAUUGUGGCACAAGUUGAUUCUCCCUCCUCAGUUUGACAAAUCUAAGAAGUAUCCUCUCCUUAUCCAGGUGUACGGCGGUCCCUGCAGUCAAAGCGUGAGAUCCAUAUUUGCCAUUAGUUGGAUUUCCUAUCUUGCAAGUAAAGAGGGCAUCAUUAUCGCCUUGGUGGAUGGUCGAGGAACAGCUUUCCAGGGAGAUGAGAUGAUGCAUGCUGUCUAUCGAAGGCUGGGAGUUUAUGAAAUCGAAGACCAAAUUUCGGCUGUUAGAAAGUUUAUAGAAAUGGGUUUCAUUGAUGAAAAGAGAAUAGCCAUAUGGGGCUGGUCCUAUGGUGGCUACGUAUCUUCGCUAGUCCUUGGAUCUGGAACUGGCCUAUUCAAGUGUGGGAUGGCAGUUGCUCCAGUCUCCAGCUGGGAGUAUUAUGCAUCAAUCUAUACAGAACGGUUCAUGGGACUUCCAACAGUGUCAGAUAAUCUGGAGCACUAUAAAAAUUCAACUGUUAUGGCAAGAGCAGGGAAUUUCAGAAAUGUAGACUAUCUCCUGAUCCAUGGCACAGCAGAUGAUAACGUGCACUUUCAGAACUCAGCACAGAUUGCUAAAGCGCUGGUUAACGCACAAGUGGAUUUCCAGGCAAUGUGGUACUCUGACCAGAACCAUGGGAUUUCUGGCCUUUCGACGAAUCACCUUUAUAUUCACAUGACCCACUUCUUGAAACAAUGCUUUUCCUUGACGGACAAAUAGGGUUGAGGAAGCAGACCGUUUCCAGUGUCCUAAACUCCUGGAAACUGGGUUUGUUGGUUUCCAAAACUCAGUGGUGAAUAGCUGCAAAAAUGAAAUAUAUUCUUAAGGCUGAUUAGAGACUAAGAUGGCAUUGUUUACAUAUACCUUUGGUUGGCACACUAAGACCCAGAUUUGUUUAUGCCCAGUGUGGUCAAUCAACUAUGCCAAAACUGUUUCCUGUAAUGACAUUUUCAGUCAUGUAUGUACCCACAGAUGAACAUCACUUCAUCAGAAUCUCCUUCUUCAAAUACGAUG